AUGAAUUAUAGAGAAAGUGAGUUCUUCUUAAAGAAAGGUUUCGUCGUCGAGCGUGUCAUUGCUCGUGGUGGAAACAGUGUUGUAUAUUGUGUUUACUCUAAUCGUGAGCAAACAAGAUAUGCAUUGAAAAAGUUUCCUUUGAUGAACUUUUCUGAUAGUGAUCUUGAUCAUCUUGCAUCCAUUAACAAUGAACAUAUUGUCAGAAUCUAUCAACAUUAUAGCUUCGAAGGGAAUGUAUACAUUUUAACAGAGUACUGCCCUAGUAAUUUAGAAAAGUUUAUCAAGAGCAAGGAAGAAAUAUCAAACGACUUACUCAGAAAAUAUAUUAAUGAGGUCGUUUUGCUGUCAAGACUUGCCACGAUAAUCAAAUAUCAAUCGGAGAUUUUACUCUUAGUAAUUUUUUGA